CACUGCGCCUUUAAUGCGUUCCUCGUGAGCUCACAUACUUCAGUCACGUGCCUGUCAAACCCCAGCAGCUCGCGCAGCCGUGUUCAAAACAACUAAGGAAGUAACAAGAAGCUACAUGGCUAACGAAAACUAAUUGCUGUGGUUUAUAUAGCGUUUGUGGUUAAACGUUUUAGGUUAAUUGCAGUUGUGUAGUUGUUAACUUACAGUCUUCGCUCAGAUUUCAGUUGCAGUGAGAGGGAGCCGAUAGUUGCUCACUUCUUAGCUAAAAGGCUAACGAUCAGCUGUUGUUUUGGUCAGGGAGGAAGGUGGCUAACAAGCCAAACUGCAUUGCAUUACCUAAUCAGUUCUCCGUAUUGGCCAUUCCAAAAAAAGCAAAACUGAACUGUGUUAGUUUAUGGCGACAUGUAAAGCUGUACCCCCGGACAGACUUAUCAGCGAUUAGGCGUCCGCCCCGUGUGGGAUUGAUAUAUCAGAGGGGUGUGUGAGAUUGAAUUAGCAGCGUCGCUUCAAGAUGCUCGACGCAUAUGAGCCUGUACCUAUUCUGGAAAAACUUCCUCUUCAAAUUGACUGCCUUGCAGCCUGGGAGGACUGGCUGCUUGUAGGAACAAAACCAGGCCAUCUCCUUUUGUACCGAAUAAAGAAGGAUGCAGGAGGCAACCGGUUUGAGGUCACACUGGAAAAAUCCAACAAGAACUUCUCAAAGAAGAUUCAGCAGCUUUAUGUUGUCUCACAGUACAAAAUUCUUGUCAGUCUCCUGGAGAACAACAUCCAUGUCCAUGACCUCCUGACCUUCCAGCAGAUUACUGUGGUGUCCAAAGCCAAAGGAGCCACACUGUUUGCAUGUGACUUGCAGCAAACCAGCUCAGGGGAGGAACAGCUGAGAAUGUGUGUUGCAGUGAAAAAGAAACUCCAGCUGUAUUACUGGAAGGACAGAGAGUUCCAUGAGCUGCAGGGGGACUUUGCUGCACCAGAUAUUCCAAAGUCAAUGGCUUGGUGUGAAAACUCCAUAUGUGUUGGUUUCAAGAGAGACUAUUACCUCAUUCGGAUGGAUGGCCGUGGCUCCAUAAAAGAGCUCUUCCCCACUGGGAAACAAUUAGAACCUCUGGUUGCUCCACUGGCAGAUGGGAAGGUGGCUGUUGGGCAGGAUGACCUAACUGUGGUGCUUAAUGAAGAGGGAGUGUGCACCCAGAAGUGUGCCCUGAACUGGACAGAUAUCCCUAUAGCAAUGGAGCACCAGCCUCCCUACAUCAUAGCAGUUCUUCCUCGGUAUGUGGAGAUACGGACCUUUGAGCCAAGGCUGCUGGUGCAGAGCGUGGAGCUGCAGAGACCACGCUUCAUCACCUCAGCAGGGCCAAAUAUCGUGUAUGUUGCCAGCAACCACUUUGUGUGGCGCCUGGUGCCCGUGUCAAUAGCCACUCAGAUCCGGCAGCUUCUACAGGACAAACAGUUUGAGCUUGCUCUUCAGCUGGCGAAGAUGAAGGAUGACUCGGAUGGUGAUAAGAAGCAGCAGAUACAUCACAUCCAGAAUUUAUAUGCCUUCAAUCUGUUUUGCCAGAAGAGAUUUGAUGACUCCAUGCAGGUUUUUGCCAAACUCGGCACAGAUCCUACACACGUGAUUGGACUUUAUCCAGACUUGCUCCCAGGUGAUUACCGGAAACAACUGCACUACCCCAACCCUCUGCCUGCUCUGUCUGGGGCAGAGCUGGAAAAGGCGCAUCUCGCUCUUAUUGAUUACCUCACACAGAAACGGAGCCACCUUGUGAAACAGCUGAAUGACUCUGACCCUUCUACGACAUCUCCUCUCAUGGAGGGCACGCCUACCAUCAAGAGCCGCAAAAAACUCCUGCAGAUCAUCGAUACCACCUUGCUGAAAUGUUACCUUCACACAAACGUGGCCCUUGUGUCCCCCCUCCUUCGUCUGGAGAACAAUCAUUGCCACAUCGAGGAGAGCGAGUAUGUCCUGAAGAAGGCUCACAAGUACAGUGAGCUCAUUAUUCUCUAUGAAAAGAAGGGCCUGCACCAGAAAGCUCUGCAGGUGCUGCUCGACCAAUCCACCAAGGCCAACUCUCCACUUAAGGGCCAUGAGCGAACAGUGCAGUACCUCCAAAGACUGGGAGCAGAGAAUCUGGGUAUAAUCUUUGAGUUUUCUCCCUGGGUGCUGAAGACGUGUCCUGAAGAUGGCCUGAAGAUCUUUACAGAAGACCUGACAGAAGUGGAGUCGUUGCCCAGAGACAAGGUGCUGCAGUUUCUAAAGGAUGGUUUUAAGGAGCUCGCCAUCCCAUAUUUAGAGCACAUCAUUUACGUGUGGGAAGAGCAGGGUCCCGAGUUUCACAAUGUGCUAAUCCAGCUCUACCUGGGAAGGGUUCAAGUCCUCAUGAAGGAGUACCUCAAGUUGCUGCCUAAAGGCGCUUCAGCUGUUCCUGCAGGGAAAGAGAAUGGUGAACUGGGAGAGUUCAGGAACAAGCUGUUGACUUUCCUGGAUAUUUCUACAUGCUAUGAGCCUGCCAGACUCAUCAGUGACUUCCCCUUUGAUGGCUUGCUGGAGGAACGGGCUCUGCUUCUGGGUCGUAUGGGUAAACAUGAGCAAGCGCUCUUCAUCUAUGUACACAUCUUGAAAGACACCCACAUGGCUGAAGAAUACUGUCACGGACAUUACAACAGUUCAGUGGAAGGAAAUAAAGAUGUUUAUCUUUCUCUGCUGCGAAUGUACCUGUCACCUCCUGACGUCCACUGCCUGGGGCCAAUUAAGAUGGAGCUUUCUGAGCCUCAGGCCAACCUCCAGGCAGCCCUGCAGGUCCUGGAGCUGCACCACAGCAAGCUCAACACCACCAAGGUGCAAGAGGAGCGGAUUUUCCACCAGCAGGUUAAAUGCGUUAUUACAGAAGAGAAGAUCUGCAGAGUCUGCAAGAAGAAAAUAGGAAAUAGUGCAUUUGCCAGGUAUCCCAAUGGCGUGGUGGUGCAUUACUUCUGCUGCAAAGACCGCAACAUUUGCCCCGCUGAACAGUAACAUCUCCACAGUAGAAAUAAUAAAUUGCCCUCCUUUCUUCGACUCCUUGGACAUCUGUGAACUAGAAAUACACGUGGUAGUUGGAAGUGCUUAGAAUGGGACGCUUUUGUCCAAAGCACGUCAGAGGAUUUUGCUUGCAGAUUCUUUUUAACCUGAGUUGACCUCCCGUUGUCAUGCUCAAACCACAGAGCAGAACGGGAGCCAAAGUUGACUUUCUCUCUCUGUGCAUGAAGUAGCAGUAGGAAUGCCCGGGGACGUUCAACAGGCGGGGAGAGAGAGGGAGUGAGGUAGACGUUGACAUUUGAAAAGCAUGUGUCGCUGUAACUCUAGAAGGGAUUCGCGGCUCUACGGUACACAUUCCCUCUGAGGAAAACGGACACUAUUGACAACUGUAACAACAGACGUUGUGCAUGCACUCACCAGGAGAUGAUUACAAGCCUGGUUUACACAGUCUCCCUGCCCUCCUGUUGCGCUGCAUCGGCCUCAAACACUGCUUCAUAUGCCAUAUAGACUCUGCAGGAGUACUGGUGAAUGCCUUCUGCGACUCUGAAGAUUGUCUCUCAUGACUUGUCAUUGCAAGUGAUGGUACUUACUAAAACAGCUUUACAGCACAUUUGUGGUUUUUUUGUGUUUUAUUUAAUCAUCUGUUGCAGCUAACAUAUUUUCCUCGUUUGUUUUUUACAGUUUAAAUAUUAUCGCUCUAAAUUCACUCUCCACUGUUUUAAUGUCUCGUUUGUCGUGUUCUUUGUCGUGGAAUAAUUUUUUUUAAUUUAAACUUUGCAACGCUUGAGGAGCACUCACUCAGUUUCUCCCCUGGUUUGCUUCACCUAUGAGCCACCGCAUUGAAGCCACCUGCCUUAUACGGUCUAGGCCUCCCUCGUGCCGCUGUGACCCAUCAGGGCGUGAUUGCAGUGCGUCCUGUGGGUUACAGGGCGCAGCCUCCAUGGAUCUUCCUGCUCAAUCUGACUGGGAUCUUUGGGAAUUUGGGAGCUAGGUCUAUGCCAUGUGCUCUUCCAAAGUUGUUUUUUUUUCCUGAAGAGGGAAACUGUUUCUGUCAGGGUGUGCCGUUGCCAUGGAAGAUGAUCAAUAACAUGUGAUGUGUAGCUUUGAUGUUGUGGUUUAUUUAGUUGGUUCAGUGACAUAAAUGUCUCUCCAACUAUGUUAAUAAUAUUUUUUUUCUAAAGAAACUUUACAAAACAGUGUUUGUUUAUUUGGGUUUUUUUCCUUUGUCAUACAUGAAAUUUAAUUUAUUUGGGUUUAUUAAAGGCUUUCUUUGCUGCUUUGAAGACUAAUGGAAUAACUGAUGUAAAUAUUACUGAUUUAUGCCCUUUGCUGUGACCAUGAGUCUCAGCUUUAGCCACUGUAACUUUUUCUUUUACGUAUAAGGCUGUUGCCCGGUUUGCUCUGAGGCAGAUUAAAAGUGUUGUAACUUUGUCCUGUUUGUUCAUGUUAACUCGGAUCUUUGCUUUUUCAUUGCAAUAGUAUCUUCAAAUGACAAAUUACUGUUCACCUGGGAGGUAUUUAACGAAAGCAAUGCUCCCCCAGUUUAUUAUGAAUAAAGUUAAAGCAAUGAAUGUA